CCGGUAUUAAUCAGCAUUACAUUGCUACAUAUGGACGCGUGUUUCUCGCUCUGAAUUCGGCAGUUUAUUUCGAAAAAGAAUUUCCAGCGCAAUGUCGUCGAACCGAGGAGCUCUUUUCGGCAGCACCGGUACCAGCCGGAGCGGCAACAAGCACCUGGUCGAGUUCAGGGUGGGCAAGAUGACCCAGAAGGGCAAGAUGGUGCACCCGGACAAGCGCAAGGGCCUGCUGUACGUGUACCAGGCGGACGACUCGCUGAUGCAUUUCUGCUGGAAGGAGCGCCACUCGAGCGCCAUCGAGGAUGACCUGAUCAUCUUCCCGGACGACUGCGAGUUCAAGCGGGUGCCGCAGUGCACCACCGGCAGGGUGUACGUGCUCAAGUUCAAGACGUCGCACCGGCUCUUCUUCUUCUGGAUGCAGGAGCCCAAGAGCGACAAGGACGACGAGCUGUGCAAGAAGGUCAACGACCUGCUCAACAACCCUCCGACGCCCGGGAGCACCCGCAGUGGGGGUGCUACCCCAGGUGAAAACACAGACAGCGACCUGCAGAGUCUGCUCAACACCAUGAGCCAGCAGCAGCUGAUGCAGUUCUUCGGCGGGCAGAUAGGCAACCUGAGCAGCCUCCUCGGCCCGACCGGCAUCUCCGGAAGCCAGUCCAGCGGCGGAUCGUCUAGCAGGACGCCGUCCAGGACGUCCGCCUCCAAGACGACCACCGGCGAACGCGGCUCUUCCGAGACCAAAAGCGCCGACACACCGCAACAGGCGCAGCCAGCCGAGGCCUCAGUUGACCUGGCGAGUACGUUGACCGUGGACAACCUUCAGGCGAUGUUGGCGAAUCCGUCGACCGUCCGGCAGCUGCAGCGGCACCUGCCGCCCCUCACGGACGCUGCGCCCGAGGCAGACCAACUAAGGUCCACCCUUCAGUCGCCGCAGUUCCAACAGGCUGUGAGCAUGUUCAGCGCAGCGUUGCAGUCUGGGCAGCUGGGUCCGGUGGUGCAGCAAUUCGAGGUGGGCGCCGACGCGGUGCGCGCGGCCAACCAGGGCGACCUGGAGGAGUUCGUGCGCGCCCUGCAGCGCCUGCCCCGCGACCCUGAGCAGCCUGCCGACGUCGACAUGCAGCCGCCGCCGCAGUGAUGGCCCUUUGGAGUUCAUCAACUCGCUUCCGCUCCGAAAUGAAUCCAAUUAAUACGACUUAAACAAUAUUAAUAAAAUUAAGUCACGCCCUGCGAAGCUUCUGGAGAUUUGUGAAUCAUUUCUUUUUCUUCACUUCAAAAAGAAAGCUUGUAAUUGAAAUAAUACACGCAAUUCUAAAUGAUUCAAAA